AUGGAUGAAAAAUCAGCUAGUGGGCAUAGAAUUUUUCAACUAUAUGAACUAGAGGAGUUGAGGAAUGAAGCUUAUAAAAAUCAUAGAAUAUAUAAAGAAAAAACUAAAACUUUUCAUGAUAAAUACAUUAGCAGAAAAAAAUUUGAUGUCGGACAAAAAGUGUGGUUAUAUGAUUCUAGGAUGAAAUUAUUCCUAGGAAAAUUAAAAUCAAAAUGAAAAGGGCCUUAUGUGGUGGAAGAGACAUAUGAUCAUGGGGCUGUAAUGAUUAAAGAUCCUAAAAGUGAUCAUAACUUUAAGGUAAAUAGACAGUGGCUUAAACAUUACAUAGAACAUGAACGCCUUGUAGAAAAAGAAAUUUUAUUAUUAAAAGAAAUUCAAGAGUAAGAUCAAGGAGUCCAGCUGGAGACAUUAAAUUCAGCGCUGCAUGGGAGGCAACCCAUGGUUUUUAUUUCAUUCUAUUUGAUUUUUUUAAGCUCUAUUUUUCUUAGAAUUUCAUAAUAUUUGUUUCUGUAAGAUGAAGUGAAAAAUUAAAAACGAGGUUGAGGUGAUGUCUUGUUGAGCUUUAUCAUUUAUGAUAACAUUUUUAAUGCUUAACUUUGCAUAUAUGCAUGCUUCACUUGAAAAUUAUAUUUUCUGCAUAUUCUGUUUCGAUUUUUCUGUGUCAUUGAGGACAAUGUCAUUUUUAAGUUGGGUGGUGAAGUAUUCAUUAUUAAUUUAUGCUGUAGGACGAUUAAGAACAUGUGUUUGUAAUAGAACAACAACUAAAAAAAUAAAAAAUAAAAUAAAUUUCAGAAAAAUUGCAACAUCUAUUUUCUAGUUUUCUGUCAAGAACAACAGACUGUCAAAAAUAGUAGACAAAAAAUAGCCCAAAAUUUGAAAUUCUAGAGACCCUUUUCUCACAUUUCAAUCCCCUAGACAUAUAUUACUGAAAUUCGAAAUUACAGCUAUAAAGAGGAUAGUUUUGAUUUAUUUAUGACAAAUUUAUUGUUGCAAAAAAUAGAACUGAAAACAGAAAAAGGAACUAUCAGAACUAUUUAAUUUACAAAUUUCUUACAUCAUAUUGCAUGCAUGAAAAAUUAAAUCAAUUAGAUUGAUUGAUACCAAAAAAUACUAGGAAGAUUAUUAUUGAGUCAAAAGAAUGAUCUAAUAGCAUGAAAUGUUGGAAUACUCCUUGGAUACAUGAUAGAUAGCAUGGAUUUGAUUUUACAGAUUCUCACUUCAUGAUCUUGAUGGAUAGUAUUUACUUGAUGUGAAAAUUUGAGUGAUCAUUUGAGUUUAAUAGAGAUUUUUGCACCCUUAUCUAUAGGACUUGUGAGGAGAAAUCACUUAUUUCGAAAAAAAGAAAGAGAGCAAUGUGAAAAGUCUAGAAACGAAGAGUACACAUGGAGGGUGUGAGACAUCAUUCUCAUUGUCGAAAAUCGUAUAUAGAAAAACACUUGUUGCAAAAUAAGUGGAUAA